AUGGAUUCUAAAUUAGUUAUUCGUGUCUACUUUGUAGAUGAUUCCUUCAAAACCAUUGCCGUUAGUCCAACCAUCAGUGCUCGUGAUUUAUCGAUUGUUGUCGCUGAUAAGAUUGAAUUGGAACAACGUGAAACUUUUGCGCUCUUUUUCUACAAGAACGGAGAGUGUAGAUGUUUAGAUGAUGAUGAACAACCGUGCAAAUUGAUGGUCUAUGAAACUGUUGGUUCUGAUGCAGACUUUCAAAAGUAUGUGAAUGAUAAACAAGAAUGGGAAAAAUUAAAGAAAGACUGGGAGAAGGACUCUAAAUUAGUAUUCAAGAGAAGAGUCUUUUUAAAGCACAAGGCAAUUCCACGGAACAAGAAAA